AUGCACCUGAAGAAUGGGGACAGGCCGCCUAAGGAAGCCCGGAUGGCAGAAAUAAUGACAUUUGGUAGUCGCUCUUCCAAAACCUUCAAACCAAAGAAGAAUAUUCCAGAGGGGUCUCACCAGUAUGAGCUGCUAAAACAUGCCGAAGCCACACUUGGAAGCGGUAAUCUCCGGAUGGCUGUUAUGCUUCCAGAGGGCGAAGACUUAAAUGAGUGGGUUGCAGUUAACACUGUCGACUUCUUCAACCAGAUCAAUAUGCUUUAUGGAACCAUUACGGACUUCUGCACAGAGGAGAGCUGCGCUGUGAUGUCUGCUGGCCCAAAGUAUGAGUACCACUGGGCAGAUGGGACAAACAUAAAGAAACCAAUUAAGUGCUCUGCACCAAAGUACAUUGAUUACCUGAUGACUUGGGUCCAGGAUCAGCUGGAUGAUGAAACGCUAUUUCCUUCUAAAAUAGGUGUACCGUUCCCAAAGAAUUUCAUGUCAGUGGCAAAGACAAUUUUAAAGCGUCUCUUCAGAGUUUAUGCUCACAUUUAUCACCAGCACUUUGAUCCAGUGAUCCAGCUACAGGAAGAGGCACACCUUAACACUUCUUUCAAGCACUUUAUAUUUUUUGUUCAGGAAUUCAACCUUAUUGAUAGAAGAGAACUCGCACCGCUUCAAGAACUGAUUGAAAAACUCACCUCUAAGGACAGAUAAAAGGAAGAGGAUUUCUUGAAGUCACUUGUUUCUUUAAGCAAGCGUGUGGUAUUUUUUUUGUUCAUUUGUUGUUUUUUUUUUUUAAAAAAACAAAACAAAACAAAACCCAGUGCUGUUACUCACGACAGCCAAGAUGUACUUUCUGUGCUUUUAUUAGGGGAAAUCUUUUAUCUGUUAGUGACACAUGGUAAAUAGUUUUGGGUUGUUUUUUGGUUUUUUUUUUUUUAGUUGUUGUUAUUCAUUGUGGAAUUUUAGCAGGUGCUGAGUGUUUAUAAAGGAAACAUGCUUGGUUGGGGGAUUGACUCUGCUGGUGCAUGGGUUCUUGUAUUGUGUCAGUGGUAGCCCAUUCUCAUGAAGUCCCUAAAAGACUUGCUUACGUUCUCUAAGUGCCUUGGCAGACUCAUUUCUGAGGUGCAAAGCACAUACAAUACUGAACAUUGCUGGAAACAGAAAAUAUGAACUAACACCCAGGACACUUACUGAUACUUGUUUUAGAAAAAUAUAUAUAUGCUUACACUAAAAAAAGCCAUAACUUACUGAAAUCAAUGAUCUCCAGCUUUUAAUACAAAUAUUUGUCUUAUUUUUUUAGAGAUGAAUAUAGAGUUUUUCAAAACUAGAUAUUUCUUAUAAAGAAAAGUGAUGGUGAAGUUCUAGUCGCUAAAGCGAAACGAUGAAGGUGGUGUCAAAAUUACGAAGAACCCAUGCUUAGCAAGUAGUUAUGUGUCUGUUGCCAUUGGUUUUGGCUUCUUAUAGUUGCUUUUAUUUUUUUAACAGGGAAGCAUCAACUUGGGUCAGUCACUUUUGUUAAGUUUCCUAGCAUUUGCCAAAUGAACGGUUAGUUUGCACAAAUACAGUUAGGGAAAAAAAUCAAUAUAAAAUAAAAAUGCACUGGGGUAAUACUAAGGAAAAUCUGGCUCGAAAAAUAACUAGUGAAAUGAUGUUUGUAAGUUAGGAAUGAAAAGCCCUGGGUCUGUGGAGGAGCUCCACAGUGGCCAGUGUUUUCUGUGGUAGGAAACAUGUCUUGGAGGGAGUAUAAUUUCAUGGACCGCUUUGGAUUUACGUUAGCAUGAUGGUGUUCUUCCCCAUUUAAAAUCGCAGCCCACCUCCAACGAACUACAGCAGUUGGGAAAAGUAAUAGGAACGUACUGGUGAAUUCUUAGUGGUUUGUAAUUUGGUAGGUGCAUCUUCUGUUUCUGAAAAAAAAACUAAGCAAAAUGUGGCCUUCCCCCACCCGGGUUAGUGUCUGCCUCUCGAGCCUUGUGUUUCCUCAAACCAGAAAUGACUCGCCCGUGAGAAGUUAACCUCUGGGGUGAUCCACAGACGGUGACUUGGAAAUUUCUGCUGCAACUGUAUCAGUCAGGUUUCCCAUUGCAGAAGCCCGUAUGACUAGCGCUCUUGUUCAUUUAUGGAUCUUGUCAAAGCUGUUGUAUUUUGGAGUCAAAGAAAUCUGUAUGAGGUUCUGCAGUCUGCUACCCCGUGAUAUCACUAGUUGCCAAAUACAGUACAGUAGGUGGUUGAUGUUGCCAGGCUUUGCUAGAUUGUGACUCCGCAAAACCACCAUUUUUAGACCAGAAAAACAUGAAGACCUUAACUGACUGGUGUACGCUUGACUGACUCCGGAACCUCUAAAAUUUACAGGUGAAGCCAAGGUCAGCAUGCAACAGAAAAGUUAGGCUUACAAUUUUGUGCGCCUUUGCUUGACCGAAAAAGCUGAGUAAAGUGGAAAAUACUGUGCAGCAGCCUGCAAAAGAUGUAAGUGGCCGUCAGUAUAGCCAGGUAAUAAACAUAUAAGCACAGUAAUGAACACGCAUGCGUUUGGGAGACUAGAAUCACUACUUCUGAGGUAAAACGAUGUCUUUCAGAAGCAUUUGAAGGUUAUUUUAAGAACUAUGUUAUCUUCAGUGGAGUUAAAUUUCCUAGUCUGCUUAAACUGCUUCCUGGAGAAGCAAUUUAAUGUUUUGUUACCUCUUCUGUCUCUCCCGCUCAUUCGUGAUGUCUUUGCAGCUGCAGGAUUGUUUUUAACCGAGUAGCAUACCUGACGUCUGAUCUGGACGUGGCUACCUAAGCCUGGUUUGGGAGCAGUAGGAUGGCAGCGCUAGCUUUGGGCGCAGGGUUGGAGGGCUCUCUUAGUUCAGGACUGAAUAACGCAGAAGACUGUCGUCUCUGCAGAGUUACGGGAGCGGUCAGCAUCGACCUGACUACACAAAAGCAGCUGAACUCCCAAAUUCGAACUGCGCUAUUUUAAACAGACUCCAGUCAUGCGGGAAGCUGAAUUUAGGAACGUGAUCUUAGACACGCAGCCUUUUAUGCAUGCUUCUAUCUGAGGAGUGUUUCAUGACAGAAAAUUUCCAGCUACAGAGGCGUUUCCAGAUGCAGUUUGAUAUUAAAAACCCUGUAAACUUUCCAAUGAAAACCGCUUUGAGUUGAGUCAGUGCUGCUUAAGAGGCUGCGUGCGCAUGUUCACUGUGCUGAUAAUGCUUACUGUAGAGGAACCUUUUAACCAGUGCUAGAGCUCAUGUUACCACGUCGCAGCAAGACAUGAGAGUGAGAAUGGUAGAAGCGUGCUCCAAGGUGCUAAAUAGGAGGUAACCUCCAUUAGAUUUAAAGCUGUCUCACUGGUUUAGUGUCAUGUACCAGCAAGAAACUAAAAAGAAAAAUACUUAGAAGUGAGGAUUUGCUUGGAGUGAUACCAGUGCAGUAGUUCUCAUUUUUGGCAUACUUCUGCUCUGGAAGGGUGGUUUUGGUUUGGUUUUUUUUUUUUUUAAAUAGCCAAUUCUAGAAAUUCAGAGGCAUCUGCUGCAGUUCAGCCAAUCAGAGUUAGAAUGUAUUAUGCUAAAAAAAAAAAGAAAAGUUUUACGUGGAUAGUGUAUUUCUUGUAUUUAGUAUCUGGCAGUAGAAAACACUUUUA